AUGAGACGAAUAUCGCGGUGGCGUGGAGAUAUUAAGUUACUCAAGGUUCAUAUUUUUAUAAGAAGAUUAAAAAUGUUUUGGUGUUUGACAGUUCUGAUUUUAGAGAGUAGCAAAUUAGAACAGAUAUUUUUAAUUAACAAAACGAGUUGGUUUAACCCUAGUGGAUGUGACUCGAACCUAUUUGCGAAGAGAUGUGGAUUUGGCUCAGCCCCAAUGCUGUGGAAGCAACAAGGGCAAGAUUGUUGCGUCGCGUUUGAAGAAGACGCAGUAGUGGAAAAGAAAUAUCACUCAAAGGUAAAGACAGCAUCGCCUUGGCAACCACCUCUUCUUGGUCAUGUGGAACCACGUGCCACUACUGACAUUGACAAGGCUUGGAAUAACUGCUUUGCACCUACUUCAACAAAAAGGGGAAAGUCGUGGAUCAAAGCCUACCAAUGUGUUCAUCGCGCCUUAUACAUAGGUUAUGAAAUGCGCCAUCUUGAGGUUCCUGACAGGAUUACCACAAGAUCGACUUGUGAAAAGAAAUGCGCCUUGAUAAAGCGGUGUUUUUUAUGCAGCCCAAUCCAGAAGUUACUGGGAAUUAACACAAAAUCCGACCAGGGCAAAUCAGUAGUUUUUGUUUUUCCACUCUUCCUGUACAUUAAAAGCUUUAAAAAACCCGUUGAUUGGGGAACUGGUAGAUUGUUCUCUUUCCACAUCGUGUUGUUUCUAUUGCGCAAUGAAGAAUUUCUCGUAGUUUUAUUUAAAGCCAUAAAUAAUGAAAAAAAAAAUCAUCGAUUUUUAGUAAUAAAUUUCAAACUUUAUGCUUAUUCAACUCAUUGCAAUGCAGUCCCAAUUAAAACAAAUCAAAAUUGUAAUUUGUUAAAGAGCGGUGUUUAUUUUUUAAAGUUAGAUGAAAUUAUAGAUACUCAGUUGUGUUUAUUUGAAAUAAAAUUUCUUGCAGAAAUAAUUCUGUUCAAUUCACUGAUCUAUUUACGAAAAAAUCGUGGCGCAUUUCUGCAAAUUUUACGGUUUUCGAAUGAAUGUGGAACGGAAAAAUGUAUUUGUAAGCAUAUGAAUGCUGUGAAAUAUAAGUCAGAAAUUGGAAGGCAUAGCAUCGGUGAUGAUGAUGAUGAUGAUGAUGAUGAUGAUGAUGAUGAUGAUGAUGAUGAAUUGCAGUCUGCAGACGGGCGAUUAGUCGCUGCGAGUCGAGAGGACUGUGCAUUCAACACGGUGUAA